AUGUGGCUGGCGUAUUGGAUGAAGACCCCGAGGAGCAUUGUAGUUUGCAGAUACGACUGGUACAGGGCUUACCGCUUGCGACGGGAAGGGAGUCUUACACGCUAUAAGGACCGUGUUGCGCAGUUGGAGAACGCAGUUGAGAAUAUGAGCACGUCUGUUCUUUCACUAAGCCAAAGGCUGGUCCAAUCUGGCGCGUUGGAAUCUAAUCCUGAGCUUGCAAUUUAUAUACAUGGUAUUGUGUUGACAUGUUUGCGCUCCGUCAAGGAAGCAGGCUGUAAAAAAGAGACUCCCGAUGCACCCCCGGCAAGUAGGGAGUCUCCUUUCAUGCCCUUAAGGAAGCAGAGAUAA